GUUUACCAUAUAUGGACAAAGCCAAGCCGAGUGGCAGCUCUACCUGCUUCCGUGUUUGCACGACCCGGGAGCGCUCAGCUGGGGAGCCGCUGUCUCAACAAUUUCGUUCAAUUCUACGUGAAACGCUAAGCAACUGACCAACUGCAACAAUGCCGCAUGAGCUGAAAUAUGUGUUUGCCAGUCUCCCCCAAAUGGAAAGGGGAGUUUCCAAAGUGAUUGGUGGCGAUCCCAAAGGCAACAACUUCCUCUAUACCAACGGAAAGUGUGUCAUCAUCAGGAACAUCAAUAACCCUGCCAUAGCAGAUAUUUACACCGAACACGCCCAUGCGGUUACCGUUGCCAAGUAUGCUCCCAGUGGAUUCUACAUUGCAUCUGGAGAUGUAUCAGGAAAGAUUCGUAUCUGGGACACCACCCAGAAAGAGCAUCUACUCAAGUAUGAAUACACUCCAAUCUCGGGCAUGGUUAAAGACAUUGCUUGGACAGAGGACAGCAAGAGGAUGGCUGUUGUUGGAGACGGACGAGAAAAGUAUGGGGCAGUGUUCCUGUGGGACACUGGAGCUUCAGUGGGAGACGUAUCUGGCCACUCCAAAUUUAUCAACAGCGUAGAUAUUCGCCCGAAACGGCCCUACCGGCUGGCCACUGGCAGCGAUGACACCACUGGUUCUUUCUAUGAGGGGCCUCCCUUCAGGUUUAAGUUCACACUACGUGAUCACCGCCAGUUUGUCAACUGUGUUCGUUUCUCUCCUGAUGGAAGUCGCUUUGCCACGGCUGGGGCUGACGGCCAGAUUUUUGUCUAUGAUGGAGGCAAUGGUGAGCGUGUCAGCUCCCUUGGAGAGGAAAAGGCUCACAAAGGAGGAGUCUAUGCUCUAAGCUGGAGCCCGGACAGCUCCCAGCUGAUUUCUGCCUCAGGGGACAAAACUGUCAAGCUCUGGGACGUUGGUGCAGGUACUGCGGUCACCACCUUCAACAUGGGCACGGAUGUAAUGGACCAGCAGCUGGGCUGUCUGUGGCAGAACGAACACCUCCUCAGCAUCUCCCUGUCAGGCUACAUUAACUACUUGGACAAGAACAACCCUAAUCGGCCCAUACGCACCAUCAAGGGCCACAGCAAAUCCAUCCAGUGUGUUACAGUUCACAGAUGUGGUGGACGACCAUACAUCUACUCUGGGAGUCAUGAUGGACACAUCAAUUACUGGGAUGCAGAAACUGGUGAGAACGAUUGUUUCUCAGGGAAGGGCCACAGCAACCAGGUGAGCCAAAUGGUGGUCAAUGACGCUGAAGAGCUGGCGACGUGCAGCAUGGAUGACACUGCGCGCUACACAAACGUCAACAAGAAAGAUUACAGCGUCUCUGAUGUCGUGAAAAUGGAUUUCCAGCCUAAAAGCAUCUCGGCAGCAGCAGGAGGCCUGUCACUGGUUGUCUGCAUUGGGCAGGUCGUCUUAAUGAAGGAUAAACGAAAAGUCUUCACACUAGAUAACCUUGGCUAUGAACCUGAAGUUGGAGCUCUCAACCCUACAGGCAGCACUGCUGCCGUUGGAGGAGCAGAUGGUACAAUUCGUCUGUACUCGGUCCAGAGCAACACUCUGAAGGAUGAGGGUCAAACCAUGCAGGUUAAAGGGGCAGUCACAGACAUGGCUUACUCUAAUGACGGAGCCUAUUUGGCUGUCAUCGAUGACAAGAAAGUGGCCACAGCCUUUAGUGUGGCGGAUGGCUACUCGGUCAAAAAUGAGUUUUAUGGACACCAUGCAAAACCAGUGACCUUGGCGUGGUCCCCCGAUAAUGAGCACUUUGCAACUGGUGGGAUGGACAUGAUGGUUUAUAUCUGGACUGUUAGUGAUGCAGACCAGCGGAUGAAGCUAUCAGACUGUCACAGGUUGCACCAUGUUAGCGGCCUGGCCUGGACCGACGAGAAUACUCUGGUCACCACCUCCCAUGAUGCCAGCAUCAAGCAGUGGACUAUUACGUACUAAGCAGCAGGCGGACAAACAUCUCCAGGGACAAGGACUACUGUAUACUUCAACCUUUUUUUUUGUCACUAAAUCGAAAUGGUGUUUUUUGGUGUCUGUAAACAUCUGAAUUGUAAACGGUUGUGGUAAAAAGGAAAAAAAAAAUUGUAAAUGAAAACAAUCAAAGAAUUGUCUAUCUGGAAAUAAGCGCAAAAUGCAGAGAGUGAAUUUUACAUCUCCUUGAGCGUUAUGGACCCGGCUCAACAUUCCAAAAGUGAUAGCACUUGUCUGGGUUUGGGUUCACUGCACCCUAACUUGAGGGAUAAACCGAAAGUGUUGUUUUAACAUAAUAGACAUUUCAUCUUUUGGUUACAUUCCUGAUAUGCAAAGUCCUCAGCAUGGUUGCCUGCCAUGUUUUCCUUUUGAAAGGGUUGGGGGUGCAGCUUUUUGCUUUCUAGGGUCACCGCACCAUUCAUAGCACUUCCUCUCGGACUGGGAACUGAAAACAAGUAUACAAACAGUAUCUUGUCUGCUCAUUUGAUUAUCCUAUAUUGUAUUUUUUUGGGCCCACAGUAAAUGUCUCACUAUUUUCAUGUGUUUAUGCAUUCGUUAAUAAUAAUGCUGAAAAUAAAACAAUUUGUAUGCAUUGUUUGGACUCAUGAUGUGUUGCUC